UUAUUUUGAACUUCCGUACCAGCAUGAUAAACUGACAUUAUGUGAAGAUCGUACGUCAUUCGCUUUCCAUUGAAAUGGAUCAAAUUGAUGCGGAUCAUAGAUCAAGACGUACAGAACGUAGAUUGUCAGGUGAUUCAACCAGAUCUUCAAGUAGUGAUAGUGUACCUGGAGAUCACAGCUGUGAUUUUGAACCAGCUCUAGAGUUUGAUGAUACAGAGCUAGUUCAUGCUGUGGAUACGGAUAUGGAUCUGGAUAAUGAUAAAGAUACUAUAAAUACAGACAGUGAUUUACUAGAAUCUCCUAUGUCUGAUGGUUUGAUGGAAGAUAACUUUGAAGAAAUUCUGGGAACAGAUGUAUUUCAUGGUGAUGUGGAUGAUGAUGAUGAACUAAGCAAUGACAAUAAAUUAGAAGAGGAGGAGGAGGAUUAUUCUGACAUUUCUAAAUAUGGCAUCAUUGAAAUUGCUGGUGAUGAUUCAUAUGGACGAAAAGUAAUAGUUAUAUCUGCUUGCAAGUUGCCUUCAAACAAAGCAUUCAAUCAUGCAAGAUUUCUUAGGUACCUAAUGCACACCCUUGAUCAGUUUGUUGAAGCAGAUUACACACUGGUGUAUUUUCAUUAUGGGUUAAAUAGCAAAAAUAAGUUGCCUCUGAGUUGGCUGUGGGAAGCAUACAAAGCAUUUGGUAGAAAGUACAAGAAGAACUUGAAAGCAUUAUAUCUAGUCCACCCCACAAGUUUUAUUCGGUUUGUGUGGAGAAUAUUUAAACCAGUUAUAAGUGCAAAAUUUGGGAAAAAAGUCAUGUAUGUAAACUACCUCCACGAAUUGAAGCAUCAUUUGCAUUUUGAUCAGUUAGGCAUUCCAAAACCAGUUUUAGAGCAUGACAAGAAGCUGGUCGCUACAGCAAAAAACUCCAAAAUGACAACUUCCAAUUCUUUUCACACAAACAUGCCAUCUUUUGAGACUCAACAAUUUAGAGUUACAAUAUCAUACAUAAAAGAACACAACAAUGGAGAUGUCAUUCCACGUGUAAUGCGUGAAUGCAUUGCUUUCUUGGAUAAUGAUAAUGCUUUAGAAACUGAAGGCAUUUUCAGGAGGUCUGCAAAUACAAAAAUAGUACAAGAAGUACAGUCUUUAUUUGAUGAAGGCAAGCCAAUUUGUUUUGAUGAUUAUAAAGACAUUCAUGUUCCUGCUGUGAUAUUAAAGACUUUUCUGAGAGAGUUAGAAGAGCCAAUACUUACAUUUGAAUUAUAUGAUGAAAUAAUGACAUUUCAAGAGCUCACUCAUAUUGAGAAAGUACCUGUUGCCAAAUCAUUAAUAUUGCACAGACUUCCGGAAGAUAACUAUGAAGUGUUGCGGUAUCUCUUUGAGUUCUUAGUAAAGGUUAUUGAUCGCAGUGACCUAAAUAAAAUGACUGCUUCGAAUCUGGCAAUUGUUUUCGGUCCCAAUUUGUUGUGGGCUCAAGAUCGGCAAGCGUCUUUGUUUUCAAUCACAAAGAUUAAUCACUUCACAGAGUUCCUUUUGAAGAACCAUGAUCUGAUUUUUGCCAAAUAA